AUGUUGGCUGGAACGGAGCACCUAGGUCUGCCAGUGUUCAAAUCAGUUGCUGAAGCGAAAGAUGCGACUGGAUGCGAUGCUACAGUCAUCUAUGUGCCAUACCAAGUAGCUGGAAAAGCAAUUGAAGAAGCUAUGGAAGCCGAGGUUGGCCUCUCGUCUGUUCACGAAGGUUCCACAACAUGUAUGGUACUCGAAAAAGUAGCUCCUAAGCAGGGCAUUCGCGGCUUUAGCGUCCUAAUUGUCCGGGAUAUUGAUCUGAGAAUGUCAACUCAGUAUGUAUGGCCUGGCUCCACUUUCUUGUGCUCGCAUACCUAUCGUCCACCGAAAGGAAUUCCACAACAUGAUAUGGUACUCGCAAAAAGUAGACUCCUAAAGCAGGGCAAAUCGCGGCUGUUAGGUCCUAAUUGUCCGGGAAUCAUUGCAUCUGAUGAGUGUAAACUCGGUAUUAUGCCUGGUAAUAUCCACAAGAAGGGUUGUAUAGGUGUUGUGUCGCGAUCUGGCACCCUUACUUACGAGGCUGUACAGCAGACGACACUAGCAGGCCUUGGUCAAACGUUGUGUAUUGGAAUUGGAGGUGAUCCUUUCAACGGAACGAACUUCAUUGAUUGCUUGGAAUUGUUCCUGGCCCAUGAGAAGACAAGAGGAGUGAUUAUGAUUGGAGAAAUUGGUGGAUCAGCUGAAGAACAAGCAGCCGAAUUCCUUAAGGAACAAGCUAAAGCUGGUAGAAACAAACCUGUGGUCAGUUUCAUUGCUGGUGUCACGGCUCCUCCUGGCAGGAAAAUGGGCCAUGCUGGAGCAAUUAUCGAUAAAGGAAGAGGAUUGGCAGGCGACAAAAUUGAAGCUCUUAAAGAUGCAGGUGUGCUCGUGGUAAAUUCACCAGCCAAACUUGGCGUAACCAUGGCUCAGGCACUAAUUCAUGGCUCUCUAAAUGUUAAUACCGAAUUUCUCAUGGCAAAACAUAAUAAUAAUAAUCAAAUGUGA